GUAGACAAAUAGAUUAUAUCAUUCAGAAGAGCCAUGGACAAGCUCCUCUCAAGUUGGUCUGCCACCGUCGAAUCCUUGCCGGAAAAUUACGUUUUUCCGGUCGAUUCAAGACCCGGAGAUGCAGCGGUCCCCAUCUGCAACACUCUUCCCGUGAUCGACCUCGAGACAACACUUUCUCGUGAUCGACAAAAUGCAGUUCAACAAAUUCUUGAAGCUUGUCAAGAUUUUGGAUUCUUUCAGGUUAUCAACCACGGAAUAGAUGACGAUCUGGUGAGCGACACGAUGCGGGUUGUUAAGGAGUUUUUCGACAUGUCGAACGAGGACAAAGCAAGUGUUUACUCGGAAGAUCCGAGUAAAAAGUGUAGGCUCUACACUAGCACUUAUGACUACGAGAACAAAGAGAUUCAUUUAUGGCGAGAUAAUCUACGACACCAUUGUCAUCCCAUCAACGACUUCAUUCACUUGUGGCCUGAAAAGCCCGCUAGAUAUCGAGAUAUUGUAGGGAGAUAUUCGCUUGAAGUAGACAAGUUGUCAUCAAGGAUAUUGGAGAUAAUAUGUGAAGGACUUGGGCUUGGGCACAGAUAUUUUGGGGAUGGGCUUACUGGGGCCCAAUUGUUUUCAGCCAAUCAUUACCCACCAUGCCCAAGCCCAAGUUUGGCCUUGGGUUUGCCUAAGCAUUGUGAUGCCAAUCUCAUCACUUUUCUUCUCCAAGAUGAAAUAUAUGGGCUUCAAGUUUAUAGAAAUGGAGAAUGGGUUGGUGUUGAGCCCAUUUCCAAUGCCUUUGUGGUUAUCCUUGGUCAUCAAGCCCAUGUUAUCAGUAACGGAAAGCUGACAAGUCCAGAACAUAGAGCGAUAACAAAUUCGACAGAUCAUCGAACAUCAAUUGUCUACUCCAUCAAUCCAAAGCCUGACAGCAUCAUAGAGCCCGCUAAAGUUCUCGUUAACGACUCUAAUCAACCACUCUAUCGAGCUUUUCAGUUUAAAGAAUUUAUUAAAGUCUACGAAGUGAAGAAAGAUUACAACGAAGGAGCGUUGGAGGAUUUUAAGGUCGAAGCAUGACGAAGCACAAGCAUAUGCUUAUCUUUAUUUUCAAAUAAAAUGCAUGCCUUAUGGAGUUGUGCUCGGACAGGUCCUUAGAGGGCGGGGUCUGAAGUAUCAAAAAGUGAUCUUAGUCAAGGUUUAACUAACUGGGUCUGUUUUCUUUGUAAUGCAUACACCAGACAUUGUUUGUGCUUUGACCAGGGUUAACCGUUGAACCGAACUUUUGAAUGAUCAGUCAUUUGUC